UGAAGAGAUAUUUAUUUGCACACCCAUAUUCAUAGCAGCUUUGCUCACAAAUAGCUGAGAGAUGGGAGCAACCCAAGUGUGCAUCUUCAGAUAAAUAAAGAAAAUGUGGAGUGCCAGCGGCAGCUGCAGUGAAAGAGUUUGGCACAAUGUCUCACACCAUUUUGCUGGUACAGCCCACCAAGAGGCCAGAAGGAAGAACUUAUGCCGACUAUGAAUCUGUGAAUGAAUGCAUGGAAGGCAUCUGUAAAAUGUAUGAGGAACAUCUCAAGAGAAUGGAUCACAUCAGCCCCUCUAUCACAUAUGGUAUCAGCCAGUUGUUUGAUUUUAUAGAUGACCUGGCAGACCUCAGCUGCCUUGUGUACCGAGCAGAUAUCCAGACAUAUCAGCCUUAUGACAAGGACUGGAUUAAAGAGAAGAUCUAUGUGCUCCUUUGUUGGCAGGCCCAACAGGCUAGGAAAUAGUUGUGUUAGAAGCGUUAUGCGAUGGGGCGGGUUUGGAACACAGGUGUGCACAGCGUGCUGUCAUGGAAGCUCUGUAUUAUAGUAAUCCUGUUUCCAUUUUGAUACACUCUAGCCAGGAUUGAAUGUGUUAGAUGAAAUGUGAGCAUCUGGCUCAAUCUGAAAUCCCCAUCACCCCCCCCCUUUUUUCCUUUCUUUUUUUUACUUAAAGAUUUUUAUGAUUUAGGUGGAAGUUGUUCUUUGUCAGUUAAUGUUGUUUCCAGUCCUUCAAAAACUGUUCAUGCCUGUUUUACAACAUUCACGGUACUAACUCUUCUUCAAGUUGGAGUGGGGGGUGGUCACACAGUUUAAUUAGUUAUGUCCUCAAGAUAGUCUUGGUGAAAAACAAACAAAUGUUCUUUACUUAAAAAAAAAGAAAGAAAACAUGGUGUAUAUGUAAUACAUACAAUGGGGUAUUAUUACUCAGCCUUAUACGGGAAGGAAAUCCUGUCACAUGCUACAACAUAAGUGAGCCUGAGGACAUUAUGCUGAGUGAA